CGGAUGGAUACGUGACGAUGGAAAACCAUUGUUUUAAGGUCCACGAAGAUAAUAAAACGUUCGAUGACGCAAAAGCUACAUGUGUCAUUGAAGGAGGGAGAAUGGCCGUCCUUGAUGACCUGGAUACGUUUCUAGCCUUAAACGACUACAUCAGAGCAAAUCAUGCAGAGAUGGUUGGGUACCUGCUGGGUCUCACGGAUAGGGUUGUGGAAGGAGAGUGGCGUUGGGAAGAUGGGAACUUGUUUGGAGAUGUUCCUGAGUUUAACCGAAACCAACCCAACGAUAACGAUAGAAGAUACAACGGCCUGGGGGCAAACUGCGGCUAUGCAUCAGUAGUGUGGCACAACCUACACAAAGCAGUCGACAAGUUAUAUGAUGACAACUGUGAGCAUCCGGCCACCUUUGUCUGUGAGAGGGUGACCGUCUAGUAAGGUCACGAGUCAUGAAAUGUAAACGUUUGUUUUUUUUAAAAACUAAAGGAUGUUGAGAAUUGUGCCACGGACAACCUUUAAAAUU